AUGAUAGAAGUCUCAGUGAACGAUAGACUUGGUAAGAAGAUCAAAGUCAAGUGCCUUCCGUCUGACACUAUUGGUGACUUUAAGAAGAUCCUCUCACUACAAAUCGGCACGAACCAUGAAAAGAUUGUUUUGAAAAAGGGAAACCAAAUCUUCAAGAACCACAUCACCCUCGAUGACUAUGAGGUGCACGAUGGAUUCAACUUUGAGCUCUAUUAUUCGUAA